ACGACAUACGGUAAAAUCGCAUGAGAGCCUGCGCACUAGAAGCAAAUAUGGCUGCGCCCAUAUGAGCGGUGCUUUCAAAGAUUGUAUUACACUUAGGCGUAACCCAAGCGCUAAGAACACAAAAGAUGAGUUUUGCAGCAUACAAAGAAAUAAUUGAAGAAGGGGAUACAGUUAUCCUGCAUAUAGGUCAUGAAAAUAUGUACCCCCUGACGGUCAAAAAAGGAGAAACAUUUCAAACAAAAUACGGGGCACUCAAGCAUGAGGACUUGAUAGGAAUAAAGUUUGGAAGUAAAGUACAUGCAACUAAAGGCUAUAUGCACGUACUACACCCUACACCAGAAUUGUGGACAGUUAAUCUUCCUCAUCGAACGCAGAUUCUAUAUUCAACGGAUAUCAGUAUGGUCUUAAUGCAAUUAGACCUUGUACCUGGAAAUGUAGUAGUGGAAUCAGGUCCGUUCAGUCUCACCCUCUCAGGGACUGGCAGUGGUUCAUUGUCCCAUGCGCUUAUCAGAGCAGUUGCCCCCACUGGUCACCUGUACACAUACGAAUUCCACAAACAACGUGCAGAGAAAGCAGUGGAGGAAUUCAAAGAUCAUGGGUUGUCUGACCUCGUCACUGUGAACCAUAGGGAUGUAUGCAUGGAUGGGUUUGGACUUGACCACAUAGCUGAUGCAGUGUUUUUGGAUCUGCCUAGACCGUGGGAAGCUGUACUUUCUGCUAAACAGGCACUCAAACUCCAAGGUGGACGCAUCUGUUCUUUCUCCCCAUGUAUAGAACAAGUUCAGCGUGUGUGCGAAGUUCUCUCAGAAAGCAACUUUACUGACGUGACAACAAUGGAAUGCCUUGUAAGAAAAUUUGAAGUCAAAAGUAUUAAUAUGCCAGAACCCGAUUUAGGUGAUAUGAAAGAUCCUCAUGAACUGGGUCAGGGUGAGGGUGAAGGACAUUCCAGUGAUGUAAAAAGGGAACAAGUAGAUGAUAACGGCUCACCACAAGUGAAAUAUGCUAAGGUGGAAGGAUCAUCAGGUUGGCAAUACAAGCAUAAAACUAGGAAAAACAGUGAAAUGUUUUCAUUUAGGACUGCCUUACCUCCUCAUCAAAUGCCUGGACACACAGGGUAUUUGACAUUUGCAACUCUAUACUCUGAAUAGACAGAAGGUAAGAAGAGUAAAGCAAAUAUGAAAUUAUCUGAGAUCAACAGAUUGUCUAUUGCAUUCACAUGUAAGGUAAAUUUUACUGCCAAAUUUCAGCUCUAACUUUGAAUGGUAUUCAUUUAGAAAGGUAUUGAGUGGUUUUAAGGAAAACAAGACACCACAUACAUUAAAAUAUUGCAUAUAUGAUAGACAUUGAGUAAAGAUAUAUAUUUAUAGAAAUAUAUGUUAAUUAUUUGGAAAUUUAUCUGAUUCCAUUGUGCUAGCUUAAACCUCACUGAAUAAAUGAUUGCACAUUUGA